AAUAUACUGCCGAGCACAAUAUGGGUAUGUGCUUAUAUGACGUGUGUUGAUGGAUCGGGAACGAAUGACAUCGAUUAUGUGAAUAGAAUACAACAACAAUUAAUGAGGGUCGUGGAGGAUCAUUUGGCACAGCCAAACACUCUUCUCGAAUUCAGUUGUGCGGCUUUGUGUGAAUCUCUUAGGAGAUCUUCAGUCGUUAUCGGAUUUUCAAAUUUGACCAAACUAUACGCUGCGCGAUCAACUGAAUGUAUUAUCAAAUUCGCUGAACAAAUGGGUAAAUUAGCAGCAUCGCGAAAGGAUACGGUAACGUUGAAAAUGAAAGAAGCUGCUGCAGGAUGCCUCGGAUUUUUGUCGUGUUUGGAUUUGUCUGAAGAAGUUUACGAGAGAAUUAUCAGUGAAUUGUAUGCGAUUGGAGAGGCUGCACCUCAACCAGAAUUACAAUUCAGCGUUGGUAAUGCAUUAUUGGACGCAGUUUUUGGUGAAUAUUCGCCAUCGCGUCGAAACAUUUUCAUCGAAUCUGAAAAGAAUUUCGUUGAAGCGAAUGGCAAACAAAAAUACGACGUGAUUGAAAAACGGAUGCAUGAAUUGUUGAAUACAAUAAUCAAUGUUAAAUUGCUAAGCACAAAUCGCCAUUUACGACAGUCAGCUAUUAUUUGGUUAGUUUCGGUUACGAAGCGAUCAGCUACGGUCAAUUUGAGUACCCUGUCGGAGGAACUCAACAAAAUACAAUUUGCGUUCAUUAAUGCUCUCGCGGAAAGUAAUGAAUUCACACAAGACGUUGCCAGUAAAGGAUUGGGCAUUGUUUUUGAACUGGCUGAUGAGACACAAAAGAAGGUGAUGAUGAAUGAGCUCGUGAGUGCGUUGUCGUCUGGACGUAAGAGAGUUACACCUGUUACGGGUGAUACGCCGAUAUUUGAAGGAGGCGAGUUGGGAAAGGCACCUGGAGGUGAGAACCUGACCACUUAUCAAGAGUUGUGCUCAUUGGCAACUGAUCUGAAUCAGCCUGAGUUAAUGUAUAAAUUUAUGCAGUUAGCGAAUCAUAAUGCAAUGUGGAAUUCAAAAAAGGGUGCUGCGUUUGGCUUCAGUGUGGUUUUGCAACAAGCACGCGAUGAAUUUGAGCCAUACCUCUCGCAGAUAGUUCCAAAAUUAUUCCGCUAUCGUUACGAUCCGGACUUAAAAGUACAACACUCAAUGAAAACCAUAUGGCAAACUCUAACAAUGUCGAAAAAGAAUGUGGUGGAGGAGUAUGCAGAUGAAAUUUUCAGCGAACUCUUAACAACACUCACAAAUGCGUUGUGGCGUACUCGGGAAUCGAGUUGUUUAGCGUUAUCUGAUCUGAUGAGUAUGAAAUGCACGGCGAACAUGGAGGAGCGCUUCGGUGAUUUGUUCGAAAUUCUGUUUCGUGUUCAGGAUGAUGUUAAGGAAUCGGUGCGAUUGUCAGCCAAUCGCGCGUUGUCCACACUGAUGAAACUGAGUAUCCGCGAAUGUUCCUCAGAUCGCGGUGCAAAAGCAACAAAACUGAUUGGAAUAAUUCUGCCGACUCUCAUCGAGAAAGGAUUACAUUCUGUUGUUAAAGCGAAUCGCAUGUUCAGUUUGAAAGCUGUGAUGGAUAUCUCGAAAGAGGCUGGAAGUGCGUUACAGCCACAUUUAAUCACUGUUGUGCCGUGUCUUCUGGAUGCUUUAAGUGAGACUGAACCAGCGAUGCUGAACUAUUUGGCUGCGAGAUCCGAUUACGAUGAACUGGAAGCGCUGGACACAGCUCGUGCUGGUAUGGCGAAUACGUCACCAAUGAUGCAAACACUACAAGAUGUGGUCCCGUUCAUAACAAAACAAACAUUGACUGAUUUAAUACCAAAACUUUGCAAUACAUUACGUUCAAGUGUCGGUCUUACAACCCGAACGGGUGCUUGUCAAUUUGUGAUUAACGUGUGCCUGAGGAAACAACAGAUCAUGAUUGACUCAAAGGCUGCUUGCGAUAAGCUGAUGAAGGCAUUAUUCAGUGGACUGCGCGAUCGUAAUGCCACAGUGCGCAAGCAGUUCUCGUCCGCCAUCUCUUACCUUAUCAAAUUUUGUUCUGAUUCACAAAUUGAAUCUUUGAUCAAAUUUUUGAAAGAUAAAUUGGAUGGUGAUCAAGAGGAUGAUAGACUGACUGCACUGCAUAUAUUACGUGCACUAUCGACGAAUAACAACGAAUUUUUGAGCGGUUGUGCGUCUUCUCUCAUACCGUACGUCUUUAUGGCUACUUGUCAACAAGUGGAAAAAGGCGAUGAAGCGGCGAAAAAGAAUUUGGAAAUGUGGGAAGAGCUGUGGUCAGAGAUGAUUACAGAGACGAAUUCAACGAUACGUUUGUAUCAGAAAGAGAUGAUCGAUCUGGCUGUAAGAACGUUAAAAGAGAAUCCGAUAUGGAUCAUGAAAUCACAGUCUGCGACGAUGUUAUCGCGAAUCAUUGAAGCGAUUAAUGAGGAUAUUGAGCCUUCUGAUGCUGGUGCUCAUUUCUGA